GUCAGUGGAAACACUCUUCCUCUGUCCUCCAUUGUUGGAGGUAAUGUCAUUCUGCCGUGUACCAAAGUGGUUUAUCCAAACUGCUCCUCAACUACAUGGAUCUAUGGAUCUAUUGAAGAAGUUGGUCAUGGGAGGGUGAAAAAGGAAGAACAGAACAACAGAGCAGACAGACUGAGUUUAGGGUCUAACUGUUCUCUACAUGUUAGUGAUGUCAGAGCUGAGGAUGCUGGAUUCUACACCUGUCAACAGUUCCUUACAGAGGGUGGAUCACAACAUGGACGUGAUGCUCCUGUUCAUCUGUCUGUUCUAACUAGUGAGUAUUACUGUUUAAAUCAGAGCUGUGCAAAAGUGUAGUGUUGAUAGUCAUAUUAAACAUGAUCAGUACAUACUGAAAAAGUAUGCAAGUACGAUUUUUUCUCUUUCUCAGUGUCCUCAUCCUCACCAGUCACAGAUAUAAAACCUGAUAGACCAGUAACAUUAAGGUGCUCUCUGCACACCCACAAUGGACCUGGCAGAUGUGCCCCAGGCAUUGACCAAGAUGUUAGUCUGAGCUGGCUGAGGGUGGAUGAGGCAGAUACUGGGCUGAUUGAGGCAGGUACUAAUCUGCAGGGAGACUCCAGAUACCAGGUCACACAGCCGUCUCACUGUGACAUCACUCUGACUGUGACACUCCAGAGGGAGGACAACAACAGGAAGUGGAGGUGUCAGCUGACUGGAAAAGUGGAAAUCUUCCUGGAUUUCACCUUUAAGUUCUCA